ACGUGGCUGUCAGCAGUAGGAAACAGACGACUGGAGCUAAAUGUGUACCAGCAACACGACCAAACUGAUUUGAAAGGACAGUUUGGGAGAAAUGAAGACCAUUUGGUCGUAAAAUGAUAUAAUUUUGUAAGAUUUAAACUCGCUGCAGUUAUGUCAUAGAGUAACCCAGACAGCCAGCCAGGCUAACAACACUCGCCUAACAUCAUUAGCCAGCAAGCUAGGCUAACUAACGUUAGCUAGCUAGUUUUGGGGGACAUUGCGCCUCCUAAUUUGUUCAGCCGUUAUCUGUUUUCCUUUUGUUGCCUGGACUGUCCAGCUUCUCAUUGUCGUGUUUUCAUUGAACGGAGGAGCUUAGGGGACCGGAGCUGUGGGGGGCCCGCGGACAAACCCCCUGGGCGUCCAGGCGGACGGAUCACGUAGACACACGGGCCGUGGGAGUAAAUAAGGAGGAGCCAUGGCCGAAAUCUCCGCCCUAAUCCCAUCACCUCCAGCUAUAGGUGACACACAUGCUGCCCCCUCCUUCCCCAUACCCUCUACUGCCCCCCCUCCUCCCAGCAGCACCGCCCCAGAGCCCCCUAAGGAGAGCCCCAUCCCCAAGUCCUCUCUGUACGGUGACAAAGCUUCUCUGACAUUAACUGUACCAGGAGAGACGCUCCCUUCUCACCCGUCUCCCAAGAGAGGGGGGAGAGGACCUCCCCCGAGUCCCCCCAAACGCGUCUCAUCAGCGUUAACUCCAGAGACUCCAGUGCCCCCACCUCUAAUACCCCCAGAGAGCCCUGCUCCCCUGCCUGAAGUUACUUCAGACAGUCCUGCCCCCUUACCUGUAGUAGCCCUAGAUACUCCUGCCAUCCCACCUGUAGAUGUAGCAUUGCAGCAGAGUGAGGAAGUGAAGGAGAAAGACAUGGCAGCAGGGGCCAGCCCAGUGUUGGCUGUAAAGCAGGAAGUGAGUAACCCAGGGGGCAAGGAGCUGUUAAAUGCCCCCUCAGAGGGCCCUACACAGGCCCACAGUGAGCAAGAGGUACAGGGGGUAACACAACAGACUACCAGCCACUUCUCUGAUCUUAAUCUCCCACCUAAUCUCUACCCCAGAGUUCAUGUCACUGUGAACACUAAUCCUGCUACUGAUUAUGCUCAGCCUCAGUCUAUAGUGGACACUCCCCCUCCUCCUCCUGCCCCCACUUACACUCCCCCUCCUCCAGACUCCACCCAAACAGCAGCAGCUGCAGCCCCUGAAGCACAAAAUCCUCAGCCACCAGAAGAAAGCCAUAACCCUCACCCUAACCCUCAACCCCCUCCCAAACUGGACACCCCCAGCCUGUCUCCCAUACCUGAGACCUCCAGCCAAUCUCCCAGAAGGGCAGAGCUACCCAGCACCCCCUCCAGAGCAGGGCACCCCAGUCCUCCAGUGAUCCAGGAGCCUGUCUCCCUCUCCCUGCCCUACCCCAGAGCCCCAGCCCCAGACACCCUCAGCUACCUGGAGUCAGCCAGCAUGAUGUCAGGGACCCUGGAGUCUCUGUCUGGCCUGGGGGAGGAUGGAAGCUCUAUCGGGUCCGACUCCGAGAUCAACGGCCUGGCUGUCAGACGCACUGACAAAUAUGGCUUCCUCGGCGGGACCCAGUACAGCGAGGGCAGUGAUAAGGACAUCAGAGUUGAUGUAGCACGGCAGAGAGAGAUGAAAUGGCUGGACAUGUUCAACAAUUGGGACAAAUGGGUCUCAAGACGCUUCCAAAAGGUGAAGUUGCGCUGUAGGAAGGGGAUCCCCUCCUCUCUCAGGGCUAAAGCCUGGCAGCUGCUCUCCAACAGCAAGGAGCUCCUGGACUCCAACCCCGGCAAGUUUGAGGUACUGCCGCUAACCCACACCCUUUCUCUCUUCAUACUUUCACUAUGCGAAACAUGUCUAUUGUGA